GAGCCGGGCGGCGGGCGGCGCAGGGGGCAGCAUGCUGGCGCUGUUUACCAAGCUGCUGGACUGGUUCCGGGCGCUGUUCUGGAAGGAGGAGAUGGAGCUCACCCUGGUGGGGCUGCAGUACUCGGGCAAGACCACCUUCGUCAACGUGAUCGCGUCGGGGCAGUUCAAUGAAGACAUGAUCCCAACGGUGGGCUUCAACAUGAGGAAGAUCACCAAGGGAAACGUCACCAUAAAGCUCUGGGACAUCGGCGGUCAGCCUCGUUUCCGUAGCAUGUGGGAGCGAUACUGCCGCGGAGUCAGUGCUAUUGUGUACAUGGUGGAUGCUGCAGACCAGGAGAAGAUCGAGGCUUCAAAGAACGAACUUCACAACCUGCUUGACAAGCCGCAGCUCCAAGGCAUCCCUGUUCUAGUGCUUGGGAACAAGCGAGAUCUCGUUGGUGCCUUGGAUGAGAAAGAGCUUAUUGAGAAGAUGAACCUGUCUGCCAUCCAAGAUCGAGAGAUUUGUUGCUAUUCCAUCUCCUGCAAAGAAAAGGACAACAUUGACAUCACCCUACAGUGGCUUAUUCAGCACUCAAAGUCCAGGAGAAGCUGAGAGCCCUGGGACCGCGCCUCGGAGCGGGGAAGAUGCCAUUGUCCAAGCCCCCUUCUCUGUCCCCUGCUCUCUGUCCCUUUCUCUCCAUCUCUCUCUAGAUGGGUAUUUUUAGGGGACCCCAGGCUCUGCUCCUGCUGAGACGGAGCUCCUGUUUUUAUUGUAAAGAAGCUGUCGGACUCCUCUGUCUCUCUCCCCCUCUCGUUUUGGCACUGUUCUGUUGUGGUCGAUGUGUAUACAGUAUAUAUA